CGUAUGUCUGAAGGAACUUGGGAGAAGUUAUCCCAAGUCGCUGUGAAGGGUGCUGAACAUGACUCUGGUGAACGCCGGCCCCAUCCGAAAUGUUCAAGUUUGGAAGGGACUCGGGUGGUCCUUCUCAACCAUAUAUACGGGUUAUUAGACACCAAAGAGAAGAAUCGACUCAUUUGGCUCCAUGGUACAGCAGGCGUCGGAAAAUCUGCCGUUGUGUUCACCGUAGCUGAAAGGAUGAGAGGUCUGAAGAUGACAGAGGAGACGAAAAGAGAAAAGCGGCUCGCAGGAACAUUCUUUUCCUCCCGCAAGCACACGAAACGCCGCACGACUGGUUAUUUCUUUGCGACACUUGCCUACCAGCUGGCCGUGAAUUUUCCCAGCAUCAAGACGUACGUGAACAAAGCUAUCCUGGAGAAUCCUGCCCUUUUAGAUCCCGACAAGUCUCUUCACGACCAGAUGGAGGCGUUGUUUCUACAACCUCUGCGAAAUCUUCAAUCCAGGCUGCGCGAGUGUCCGCCUUUGACAUUCGUUGUUGAUGCCCUCGAUGGAUGCACAUCAGAAUCCCUCGAUCAAUCCACAUUCGACUACGAUGAAGACAAAUAUGAAAGCGAGCUUGCUGAGCUUAUCUCCUUGCUCGCCCAAGCUCUUCGCGAUCCUGAUCUGCCUGUGACCCACAUUUUAGUCACGAGUCUCUCGGAAGCAAAUAUUUGUGAAGCCAUGCAGAACGAAGAUGUGCGCCCGCUGGUGUGCGAGAUACCAGUGAAGAUUCUUGGAGAGGGUGUCGCUGCCACUAUCUCGCUAGACGGCGCAGAUGUUGACGCAGAUAUCUAUCGCUUCUUGGAGCAUUCCUUUGGAAAGCUACGUAGUCGCUUUUCCACUUUCCCGUUGCCAACGAAGUAUCAACUUGAGCAGCUGGCGAUCCGAGCGGGCAGACGUUUCAUUGUGGCAUCUACAAUGAUGAAGUUUAUCGAGGAUCGAGACAACAAUCCCCGUGACCGGCUUCAGCUCAUGCUCGAGCUAACGAGUGAACUGCUACCAGGAACAGAAGUGUACAAGUUAUACGACCGUAUCCUCUCCACAUGCGCUGACCCGAAGUUGGCAGACCAGCACUUGUCCGUUGUUGCCGCCCUCACAGAUCCUCUGCCAAUCUCAGAAAUCUCGGAACUUCUUGGUCCUGGUCAGGGCAGGGACGUUGAGAAAGUGCUGGUGCAACUACGGUCUAUCAUAGAUGUUCCCAUCGACAGGACUCUUCCUCCUCCCUCAAGUACAAUGUCUCACAUCACCGCACUCCCUGCUCGCACUUUCCUCUCUCCAAUUGAUGGUGCGCGAUAUUCCAGAAAGCACUGCACUCCUGGAUGCGCUCUCAGAAUUGAGUAGGCAGAGUCAAGCUAUGGAAUCCCAGGACCCCCGGAAUUUAACACGCUCAUUAUCAUUCACCGUCCAGCCACCGGAGCCAAUGCAAGCGCUUGUAACUCUGCUCUGGCUUCGGGGAAAUCGCAGUUUAGAGUUUCAAUUCUGGCUAGAUACCCUGGACGGGUGUGCCUGGCUGCAGACUGGACUGAAAGAGCGAGAGAGUGGCUGCAGACACAGGGGGGAAAGGACUGGCUGCGG